AUGUCUUCUCUCGAUAUCUCAGACCUUGAUAGCGUGACUCUCGAGCCGGACUACUUCUCGGACGAGGGCUAUGCGGAGUCGGUCGGUACGUCAUAUGCGACCAGCAUCGCUUCAGAGAUCAGGAGAGGCAUCGAGGAAAAUGGCCGUACUUAUCCCGCCUACGGCAUGAAUGAGUAUGGACUGCCUGUCGAUGAGGCCGAACAAGAUCGCAAUGACCUUCAACAUUGCAAGUUCAUGCUCAUUCUAGGCGACCGCCUACACCUGGCUCCCAUCCGCAAUGAUCCCACAAAUAUCCUCGACCUUGGAACAGGUUCAGGUAUUUGGGCAAUUGACAUGGCAGAUAAAUACCCCACGGCUCAAGUCAUUGGCGUCGACAUUGCCAACGUGCAGCCACAAUGGCUUCCCCCAAAUUGCGCCUUUGAGAUUGACGACGUCGAACGCGACUGGAUUUACAAGCCUGACUCCUUCGACUUCAUACACGGUAGGGAAUUCCUGCUUGCGAUCAGAGACUGGAGCAAGCUCAUCAAGCAAUCGUACGAUCAUUUGAAACCGGGCGGCUGGCUCGAGCUCUCAUCUACUCUACCAGACGCUGGAAGCGACGAUGACACGAUUCCUGAGAAUAGCGCCUGGGUCCAAUUUACUCAAGUUUUCUUCCAGAUAGGUGAGAUCAUUGGGGCAUCGGGCCACGCUCCAAAGACUUGGAAGGCAAAAAUGUUGGAACAAGGCUUCGAAGACGUGCAUGAGCACAUUUUCAAAGUACCUUGUAACGCAUGGCCAAAGGAUCAACGUUACAAAAACAUCGGCGCUCUGGAGCUAGCCAACCUGGAUCGAGGCGCCGAGGCAAUUCUGAUUCGAGGCAUGACAGGUGUGCUCGGGAGGACGAAGGAAGAGGCUCAGGUCCUCUUUGCAAAAGCUCGACAAGAAUCACGAGACUUACGAAUGCAUGGUUAUAUACGAUUUUACUGUGUGUAUGGGCGAAAGCCGUCCAAGAAGGCCUACAAGGAUGAAUGA